GGGAGGGGUCAACCCGGCCCGCGCGCGUCUGGGAGGGAGGUCGCCAGCACGUCGCACCCCGACAGGUGCAGGCGCGCAGGCUUCCGAUUGGUCGCGGAGGCGGCGGCGGCCCCUUCCCGCUCCCCGCCCGCUCUAGUUCCCUUCCCUCGCGGCCGCCGCUGCGCGCCUCCGCUCCGCCCCUGCCACCUCCCUCCUUCCGCGCCGCCACCGCCGCCGCGCGCUCCCGAGCUCAGGUAGCGGGAGCGCGGGCGCCUCCUCGGGGGCGCGCGGCCGGGCUGCGGUCCUCCCCCACCACCCCGCACCCAGCGGCUCCGGGAGCCAGGGGAGGGAGAGCGCGGGCGGGGGCAGCCGGAGCCCCGCCGCCGAGGCUUCCAGUCUCUGUGGCUCGCGCAGCGGCGGCAGCAGAGGUCGCGCACAGAUGCGGGUGAGACUGGCGGGGGGAGGCGGCGGAGGAGGGAAGGAAGCUGCUUGCAUGAGACCCACAGACUCUUGCAAGCCGGAUGCCCUCUGUGGAUGAAAGAUGUAUUAUGGAAUGAACCCGAGCCAUGGAGAUGGAUUUCUAGAACAGCAGCAGCAGCAACAGCAGCAGCCUCAGUCCCCCCAGAGACUCUUGGCCGUGAUCCUGUGGUUUCAGCUGGCCCUGUGCUUCGGCCCUGCACAGCUCACGGGCGGGCUCGAUGACCCUCAGGUGUGUGCCGACCCGGGCGUCCCCGAGAAUGGCUUCAGGACGCCCAGCGCAGGGGUUUUCUUUGAAAGCUCGGUCACCCGAUUCCACUGCCAAGACGGCUUCAAGCUGAAGGGCUCCCUGAAGAGACUGUGUGUGAAGUUUUUUAACGGCACGCUCGGCUGGGUCCCCAGCGACAAGCCCAUCUGCGUGGAGGAAGCUUGCCGCAUCCCUCAAAUCGAAGAUGCCGAGAUUCAUAACAAGACCUACAGAUACGGAGAUAAGCUAAUCAUCGCUUGUCGAGACGGGUUCAAGAUCCGUUACCCCAACCUGUACAACCUGGUUUCGCUGUGUCGCGACGAUGGCACGUGGGACAACCUGCCCAUCUGUCAAGGCUGCCUGAGGCCGCCGGCCUACUCCAAUGGCUACGUGAACAUCACCGAGUACCAGACGUCCUUCCCCGUGGGGACCGUCAUCUCCUAUCACUGCUUCCCCGGCUUCAAACUCGACGGCUCGGCGUACGUGGAGUGCUUACACAACCUUAUCUGGUCGUCCAGCCCGCCCCAGUGCCUUUCUCUGGAAGUCUGCCCGCUGCCCCCGAUGGUGAGUCACGGCGACUUCAUCUGCCACCCGCGGCCUUGCGACCGCUACCACCACGGCACCGUCGUGGAGUUCUACUGCGACCCCGGCUACGGCCUCACCAGCGACUACAAGUACAUCACCUGCCAGUACGGGGAGUGGUUUCCCUCCUACCAGGUCUACUGCAUCAAGUCGGAGCAAACGUGGCCCAGCACCCACGAGACUCUCCUGACCACGUGGAAGAUUGUGGCGUUCACGGCCACCAGCGUACUGCUGGUGCUGCUGCUCGUCAUCCUGGCCCGGAUGUUCCAGACCAAGUUCAAGGCCCACUUCCCCCCCAGGGGGCCUCCCCGGAGCUCCAGCAGCGACCCCGACUUCGUGGUGGUGGACGGCGUGCCUGUCAUGCUCCCGUCCUACGACGAGGCCGUGAGUGGCGGCAUGAGUGCCUUAGGCCCCGGGUACCUGGCCUCUGUGGGCCAGGGCUGCCCCUUGCCCGUGGACGACCAGAGCCCCCCAGCAUACCCCGGCUCGGGGGGCAUGGACACAGGCCCGGGAGAGUCCGAAACCUGUGACAGCGUCUCGGGCUCCUCCGAGCUGCUCCAGAGUCUGUAUGCGUCUCCCGUGUGCCAAGGGGGCCCUGCGUCUGACAACCCUGACUCAGCGGCCUGCACGUCGGGGGAAGUGGCUUCCAGCAGCCCUGGCAUCGACAUCGCAGAUGAGAUCCCGCUAAUGGAAGAAGACCCGUAGCCAGGCCGGUCUCCGGGACUCGACUGCCCCUCCGGGAGCGGGGACCCUGUACCUCGGAGCGAGGCCACGGGAGGACGGAGUGUGCAGCCUGGGGGACGUGUUGCGUUGGGCUCUGCGCGGACAGUGACUCACGUGGUCCGCCGCGGACUCGACAGUGGGGGACAAACACGGACAGACCGCGGUGGCAGGUCUUUGCAGUGGGACCUGAGGAUUCGCCAAGACCCAGGGGAAACCCCCGUGUGGGCCAGGGGGCCGGCGUCCGGCGCCUUCCGUGCUGGCGAGCACGAGGGAGUUCCCCGCACGUGCCGCUGAGCCCCGCGUCCCACGGACUUCAGUCAAGAGUACUACCUGCCUCCUCCGAAAGCAUGUCACAUUAUGUAAAUUUGCUUCCCAAGUCUCCUUCGAACUGUCUCCGGUUCCCAGUUAGGCUGGAUCAGCCUGUGCGGGAAGCGCGGCAGAGCGCCCCCUGGAGGCUCCCAGAGGGAAGGUUCUCCUAGGACGUUUGGGGGAUCUUCCCCCACCUGGACACUCGUACUCACGCAAGGCUAAAAGCGGGGUGUGGCAGUCCCGGGGAGAAAGGACAGACUCAGGCAGACUCUGCUUUCUGGAAACUUCUUCAAGAAGUAGAGCGCGUGUACUCCGUGCUGUCCUCUGGUGAAAUGGCGUCAGUAUUUGUGUUCUUGGUCCAGCACCGGGAUUUACGGCAUCGGAUAAACCCUGAGACUUCACACCCGGUCAGAAUGUGUCCCACCACGUCUCACGGCGGAGAGAGUGGCCACGGUGACGUUCUGUGGCGGCAUUUUAAAGAGGGGCCACACGACUUGGAUCUCCGAGUCACCAGCCCUCCCCUGUGAGCUGUUAUGGAUGUUGUCCUCACUUCCAAACUCAGCCAUAUUUUAUUUCCCAAAACAGAAAUUGUUUCUGUACACACCUCCCUCCUCCCAAUAAAGUGUGAGGCUAGA